GACGAGGCGGGCGCGCCGCGCCUGGAGCCGCUCUCCGCCGCCUGCCUCUACGUGGGGGACAUCGCGGACCUGCCCAACGCCUCGGUGGCCAUCAGCAACUGCGACGGGCUGGAAAUGGGGUGCAGAAGGGCUGGAAGUCUUGAAUAGGGAAUUACGGGGAUAGCACUGACAGACUUCCCAUGCUUGCAGCCUGCAGCAUCUAGCAAGACUGUGGUGCUGCCAUUGAAAAGGAAACUUAUUGCAAAUGGAGACAUGACAAGCUGGCAUGAUUCGCACAGACAAGGACGAGUUCUUCAUCGAACCUCUAGAGAAGGGGACUCAGGAGGAGGAGGAAGGCGGCAGAACGCACGUGGUGUAUCGCAGAACAACUGCCAAGAGGCCGCUUCCCAGUGAGAACACCGAUAUUCAGCAUAAAGGGGCAGACCUGAGUAAUUUGGAUUAUCUUGACAGUAUGUUAAACCGUCUUGAACAUCGAGUUAAUAACUCCAGAAGGAGGCAUCGAAGGCACGCGACUGAUGAUGACUACAACAUUGAAGUUCUGCUAGGAGUUGACGACUCGGUUGUGCAGUUCCAUGGCAAAGAACAUGUGCAGAAGUAUCUCCUGACCCUGAUGAAUAUUGUUAAUGAAAUCUACCACGAUGAAUCCUUAGGUGCUCACAUUAACGUUGUCUUGGUGAGGAUAAUCCUGCUGAGCUACGGGAAAUCCAUGAGCUUAAUAGAGAUUGGGAACCCUUCUCAGAGUUUGGAGAACGUAUGUCGCUGGGCCUAUCUGCAACAGAAGCCUGACACUGGACACGCAGAAUAUCACGACCAUGCUAUUUUUCUCACAAGACAGGAUUUUGGUCCAUCUGGUAUGCAAGGUUACGCUCCAGUUACUGGAAUGUGUCAUCCCGUACGAAGCUGCACCCUCAACCAUGAAGACGGUUUUUCCUCUGCCUUUGUGGUGGCCCAUGAAACCGGACAUGUAUUAGGCAUGGAGCAUGACGGCCAGGGGAACAGGUGCGGGGAUGAAGUCCGGCUGGGGAGCAUCAUGGCCCCCCUCGUGCAGGCUGCGUUCCAUCGCUUCCACUGGUCUCGCUGUAGCCAACAAGAGCUAAACCGCUAUCUGCACUCUUAUGAUUGUCUGCGUGAUGACCCCUUUGAACACGACUGGCCGUCCCUGCCCCAGCUGCCAGGAAUUCACUACUCCAUGAAUGAGCAGUGCCGGUUUGAUUUUGGGUUGGGCUACAUGAUGUGCACAGCUUUCCGUACGUUCGAUCCCUGCAAGCAGCUGUGGUGCAGCCAUCCCGAUAACCCCUACUUCUGCAAGACGAAGAAGGGACCGCCGCUGGAUGGGACAAUGUGUGCUCCUGGGAAGCACUGCUUUAAAGGCCACUGCAUCUGGUUAACUCCAGAUAUCCUGAAGCAAGAUGGGAACUGGGGAGCCUGGAGUAAGUUUGGUUCCUGUUCCCGGACUUGCGGCACAGGGGUGAAGUACAGGACCCGGCAGUGUGACAAUCCGCACCCAGCCAACGGAGGCCGCACGUGCAUGGGACCGAGCUACGAGUUCCAGCUCUGCAGCACCCAAGACUGUCCCAAGGACUUUGAAGAUUUCAGGGAGGAGCAGUGCAAGCAAUGGGAUCCCUACUUUGAAUAUCAGAACAAGAAACACCACUGGCUCCCGUAUGAGCAUGCUGACGUUAAAGAAAGGUGCCACCUGUACUGUGAGUCCAAGGAAACUGGGGAUGUUGUGUACAUGAAAAGAAUGGUGCACGAUGGGACUCGCUGCUCGUAUAAAGACUCCUACAGCAUCUGUGUGCGCGGGGACUGUUUGAAAGUCGGCUGCGACCGGGUAAUAGGCUCCUCUAAGCAGGAAGAUAAGUGUGGUGUCUGUGGAGGAGAUAAUUCCCACUGCAAGGUGGUGAAAGGAACCUUUUCCAGGGCACCAAAGAAGCAAGGACACCUCAAGAUGUUUGAAAUUCCUGCUGGUGCAAGGCAUUUACUUGUACAAGAAACAGAUGCUACUGUUCAUAACCUGGCAAUUAAGAAUCGGGAAACGGGGAAGUUCAUAUUAAGUGACGACAACUACGUGCCAGAUUCAAAGGCCUUUAUUGACAUGGGCGUGGAGUGGGAAUACCGGAACGACGAUGGCAGGGAGACAGUACAGACCAUGGGGCCUUUGCGUAACGGGAUAGUUAUUCUGGUGAUUCCGCACGGCGAUACCAAGGUAUCUUUGACUUACAAAUACAUGAUCCAUGAAGACUCCUUAAACGUAGAUAACAACAAUGUUUUGGAAGAUUCAGUCUCGUAUGAAUGGGCUCUGAAAAAAUGGUCCCAGUGCUCGAAACCCUGCGGAGGAGGUUAUCAGUUUACAAAAUACGGUUGCCGAAGGAAGACUGACCACAAGAUGGUUCACCGGAAUUACUGCGAACUGAUCCAGAAGCCAAAGCCUAUUCGCAGAGUGUGCAAUCUGCAGGAGUGUACCAGUCCGAUAUGGGUUACAGGAGAGUGGGAGCCCUGCAGCAAAAGCUGCGGAAAAAAUGGCUAUCAAGUCCGUUCUGUACGGUGCAUCCAACCGCUGCACGACAACACCAAUCGCUCGGUUCACACCAAAUACUGCAACAACGAUCGCCCGGAGGGCAGGAGGCCCUGCAAUCGAGAGCUCUGCCCUGCACAGUGGAGGAUAGGACCCUGGUCGCAGUGCUCAGUGACUUGUGGGAACGGCACGCAGGACCGCCAGGUUCUGUGCCGGACGAGAGACAAUGCCGUUGGCUUCUGCAAAGACGAUAAACCCGAGACUGUCAGGAUCUGCAGACUACCUCCCUGCCCCAGAAAUGUUUCUGAUCUGUCAAAGAAAACCUACAUGAUACAAUGGCUGUCGAGACCAGAUCCGGACUAUCCCAUCCAGAAAAUAUCUUCAAAGGAGCGGUGCCAAGGAGACAAGUCCAUGUUCUGCCGUAUGGAGGUCCUCUCUCGUUACUGUUCAAUUCCUGGUUACAAUAAGCUCUGCUGCAAGUCCUGUAAUCUGUAUAACAACGUAACGGAGGGCAGCAACGUAACCGAUUCCAGCGUGGAUAAAACGAACGUCAUCGAGGAGGAGAUCCUGUCAACCCUCGCCACUCCCGCCGGGCUUCCCAGCACGCAGCCCACGACCAGCCCUCUUCCUGUCCCCAAACCAGCGGGCACGGCCGCGCCUUCCAAUACAACUGACGACCACCCGGAAAUUAAUGCGGUGGACGUGCCCUAUAAAAUUGUUGGGCUGGAUAACGAUGUCUCUCAACAUAACAUCAUCGCGCAAAGGAGACUGCCUCAUGAAAGGACAAGGAACCAAAGAAUUCAAGAGCUGAUUGCCGAGAAGAGGAAAAAAGAGACUCUUAGGAAGAUAACUUAAAAUGGAAAUGUGGCACAAACAACAUUUUUUUUUCUCUUAUAGAGAUGUUACCAACAACCAUAGUAAUGCCCAUGUCAUAGAGACUACAAAAAAAGAAGAGUGGUGCUAUGGCAGAAAUGCCAAAUUCUGAAGUCUGCAGGAAAUGGAGUUGACAGAUUGUCUCAGAAAUGCUUUUAUAAACACGAUGAUGGCUAGGUUUACAGGGUGC